AUAAGUUGGUUACCCCCUGUGUUUCAGACUUCUGAAUGAUCAUCCCUCUGUCCGGGACGCCCAGGUUGUAGCUAGCUAAGUAAGCCGCCACCUCCGUCGUCACCAGCUACCGUUGUCAUGGAGACGGGACUCAAACCCGGAGCCCCCGAGGAGGAGGAGGCAAACGACUGUACCGGCUGGUGCCUCACGGAGUUCCAGUCGGAGAGUAUCAACCUGGACCACGACCGGCCGCCGGACUUUGUUACGUCACAGAUCCGAUCUACAUCCGUGCUAUGCCACUGGUGCUGAAGUUUCAGUGGGUUCUGUUCAACGUGAGCAGUAACUCCGCUAUUGUUGUCACUACGGCAUACUGGGCCUUCAUAGCCUUCGUCUCCAAUGCACCUCUCCUGACCAGCGACAUGUCUCGCCUGAAGCACACGGUGAACACGCUGUACGUGUUGGCUGACGUCAUGCUGGGGGCCACGCCCAUCCGUGUGUACCACCUGUUCUUCUCCGUGUUUCUGGGCUCGUUCUACACGGUCUUCAACGCCCUCUACUACAUCAACAACGGCAGUCUGCUCACACAGACAGGGGUAGCUCUCGACGGGCGAGACUAUUACUUCAUGAACUGGACCCAGCCGGUGGAGGCUGUCUGUACGUGUGUGCUGGGAGUCAUGCUCUCCGUGGCCGCCCAGUUCGUACUGCACGCCCUCUAUCGACUGCGCCACUGGCUGCACGGGCGUCUUCAGCCGGGUCACACGGGGCUAGACGCGGAGCUUGAGAACAUAGUGACGGCGUCCGCUAGUUAUAACUCUUUGGAGGAGGCCUAUGGGGGAAGGGGGCCUUAGCUUACUUGUUGUGUUGGGGGGGGGGAGAGGGGGGAGG